CUAGCGGAAGCAAUCUCAGUGGUCUCUUCCCUCUACUCUCCUUUCUUCUUCUAGCAGCUUACAUACUCUCUCUCAUUGUUCCAAAAGAGUAAAUAAAAAAUAAAAAAGGAAGUGUUAGAUAGACAACUCUCUCUCUCUCUCUCUCUGCUAGAACUCAUGGCCGGUUUUUCAAGAUCUUGUCUAUUUUUCAUCUUUCUUCUCUUCAGCAUCUCGGCAGCUAAAGAAAUCUUGGUUGGAGGCAAAACAGACGCAUGGAAAGUCCCCUCCACCGACUCUGAAUCACUCAACAAAUGGUCUGGAAAGUAUCGUUUUGUCAUCGGUGACACUCUUGUGUGGAACUACGAAAGUGGGAAAGACUCGGUAUUGGAAGUGAGCAAGGAAGACUAUCUUAACUGCAAUAUUUCAAACCCCAUUCAAGAGUACAAGGAUGGCAACACAAAGGUGAAGCUCAACAGAGCCGGACCAUACUACUUCAUCAGUGGAGCAAAGGGUCACUGCGAGAAGGGCCAGAAGGUGCUUGUGGUGGUGCUUUCUCCAAGACGCAGGUACACUGGUAUUUCUCCAGCACCCGCACCUUCUCCGGUGGAGUUUGAUGCUCCAGCAGUUGCUCCAACUAGCUCUGCUUCAAGAUUGGGAGGCUGUUUGGUGGUGGCAUUUGGGCUGCUUCUUCUCAGAGGACUGUUUUGAUGUGAUUUUGAUUUUGAUUUUUUGAUUAAUUUAUUUUUUUAAAUUUUUGGUUUAAGUGUGGGGAUUAUUUGAUUCGUUAUAAUAUGCGAGCUUUGACAUAUUAUAUUUAUAUGUAAUUCGAUAUUAAGAUUAAAAGAACUAUGAAGAAGUUUCUCUAUGAAAAAGACAGCAGUUUUUCACAAAAA